UCUAGAAUUCCAGUUUCAGAGAACAAUACAUUUUUAAAAGGUUAAAACAAUAAUAAUAAUCUAGUUAGAGAGAGAGUGUGAGUCAAAUGUAUAUCUACUACUCAUCUAGGUCUAUUUUGGGGGCGCUGAUUACCCAAAAGGCAUAACUAGUAGAAACUAAGACUCAGCAUUCAGUGUCCAACUUUCACAACUAAGAGUACAGAGAACACUUAAGAAGAAUAAAUUUCAAAUUUUACUAGGAAGCUGAUGCUACUCUUCCAUAUUUUCCACAAUUACUUAUGACAGCAGAUACCAAACUCAAUCAGAGUCCAAGGUCAUUGCUCUGUCACAAUGCAGAGGUUGCCUCCCUUGCCAUCCCUUCAGGAAAUAAUUCGAAUAUAUGGGUUAAGUGCCCAAAAGAAGCUGUCACAGAAUUUCUUACUGGAUAUGAAUCUGACUAAAAAAAUUGUAAGAUCAGCUGGUAAAUUAAAUGAUGCUUUGGUCAUUGAGGUUGGACCAGGUCCUGGGGGAAUAACACGGCCAAUACUGAACAGCAAUACUAAGAAAGUUAUUGUUAUUGAGAAAGAUAGAAGAUUUUUACCAAGUUUACAGAUCUUAGCAGAAGCAAGCAGUCAGAAGCUGGAAGUGGUACAUGGAGACAUCUUGAGCACAGAUCUGCAGCAGUUUGUGUCACCUGAGUUUCAUUCUCAUUGGCAGGACCCACCACCAAACAUUCAUAUCAUUGGCAACUUGCCCUUCAGUGUCUCCACCCCAUUGAUCAUACAAUGGUUACAUCAUAUGUCUAAUAAGUCUUCUAUCUGGAAGUUUGGUCGAGUCCCUUUGACUUUAACAUUUCAAAAAGAAGUUGCUGAAAGAAUAGUGGCACCUCCCAAGUCUGAAUAUAGAUGUAGACUCUCUGUUAUGUCUCAAUAUUUAUGUGAUGCACAGCUGAAAUUUUCUAUACAAGGUAAAGCAUUUGUCCCCCCUCCAAAAGUUGAUGUAGGCGUUGUUCAUUUUGUGCCCAAGGUUCAGCCAUUGAUUCAACAAAAUUUUACUUUGGUGGAGAAAGUCAAUCGUCAUCUUUUUCAAAUGCCAAAUAAAUAUUAUCCUAAACCUUUGAGUACAUUAUUUCCUCUAGACAGAGAAGAUCUAGUUAGUGAUAUGGUGGAGAAGUCUGGCAUAAAUGUUGAGCUUAGAGCUUUUGAACUUACCAUUGAAGACAUUGGUAACUUGUGUAAUGUCUAUGCUGAGAUUGUCAAAAAAGAGCCAGAUAUAUUUACAUAUGAUUUCCGAAGUAAAAAAUCGGCAAAAGAAAGAAGAAAAAGAGGAACACUUAUAGAAUCACUCGAAGAAAAAUUGUUAAGUAAUUAUUACGUGGAAUCUGAUUCAGAAAAUGUUGAUGUUGCAAGAUAGCUAUUAAAAUGUCAUAUAUUAUAGUU